UCGGGUAUUUGCCAUUUAUGCGUAUUGAGGGUAGUUUAGUUCCCGUCCGUUUGGUUUAGUUUUUGUUUCAUGAUUAUCUAUUAUUAGGUCCAGUUAGUUGCUUACCCAAACCUUUGGCUAUUUCCUUUCCAAUUUCUUCAUUUGCGCACAACAAGUUGGCCUUUUAAAAUCUCAGAUUUUCCAUCCCCACCUCCCACGCCCAAAGUGGAAAGGAAAAUCCAAGAUUUUACAAAUUGAUUGAUUUGUCUCUCCCUUUUCCCUUUCCCCCCGGUCGAGAUCAGAAAGAAACAGCUCUUUCUUUGAUGGCGGAAGAACACAGGUGCCAAGCUCCACGCCUCUGCGUAAAUAAUUGUGGAUUCUUUGGAAGCCCGACCACAAACGGCCUCUGCUCCAAGUGCUAUCGCAAUCUCCAGCUUAAGGAGCAGCAGUCUUCCUCUGCCAAAUUGGUCCUCAACCAAACCCUGCAGGUUCCUCCGGCAGCAGAACCUAUUUCUACUCCUUCAGCAUCAACAUCAUCAUCUUGUACGGAGGAGGUUGAUCGUCCUUGCAGCGCAGCAGUGAUGGAGGAGAAGGUGGCAGCGAAUCGGUGUGCAAGAUGCAGGAGGCGUGUGGGGCUUACGGGGUUCAAGUGCAGGUGUGGGUUGACGUUGUGUGGGUCCCAUCGGCACCCAGAACAACACUCAUGCCACUUCGAUUUCAAGGGAUUCGGGAGGGAGCAAAUCGCAAAGGCAAACCCUCUAAUCAAGGCCGACAAGCUUAAUAAGAUUUGAAUCUUAUAUGCUGUGACUCAUUAUUCUGUAAAUUAAACUUAAUAUAACAAACUAUCCCUCCAUUCAAAUA